ACUUGCACGCCCACCCCACCUCCAAGUUGCCGUAGUUUUACGCGUGAACGCACGCGCGCCACCAGCCAAAACCCACGUCCCGCUCCCGCUCGCUCUGCCGACCGCACCCCUCCGCCCCUCCCCCUCCAGCUAGCCGAUCGAAGUCGAAGCUUCGCUCGCGGCCGGGGCUCCGGAGAGAGGGGGGUCGUUGUCGCGGCACUCGGCGGCGCGUCAUGAGGCGCUUCCUGCCCGUCGGAGGCGGCGGCGGGGAGCCGUCGCCCUCGUCGUCGACGGGCGGGCGCGGCGAGCUCGCGGGCGAGAGGGGCGCGGCGGCGGGGCUGCGGUACGGCGGCGGCGACAUCUCGCUGGGGCACGGGCACGGCGGCGGCGGCGGCGGCCACCGUCACCACCACCAGCUCGGCGGCGGGGGCGACGCGGCGGAGAGGCAGCAGGACGGGUCCAUGGACAUGCUGGCGCGCCACAGCAGCUCGCCGGCCGGCUUCUUCUCCAACCUCGUGGUGGACAACGGGUAUCCGAGCUCAAAAGCCGGGGGCAGCGGUGGUGGAGCCGAGGCGCAUCACCCAUCCACGGCCAGCGGCAGCGGCGGCAGGAAGAUGAAGCCGUCCCAGCUCAACUUCACCCGGCCGCCGCAGCAGGACGGCGGCGCCGCCGGGGGCCACCUCUCGCAGAUCUCCGAGGACGGCGCCUUCCCCGCCGGCCUGGUCGGCGCCGACCGCGGUGGCGCGAGUAGCGGCGGCGGCGCGGCGCGCUCUUUCUCCGGCGGGUUCUCCAUCGUCGGGCCGUGGGAGGAGUCCAGGGACGUCAUCGCCACGCUCGGCGCGUACGACUCCCAGUACAGCGGCGCCAUGGCGGGCACGGCGCUGGAGAUGGCGGCGGGCAUGGACAGGUACAUGCAGCUGCAGCAGGACCAGGUGCCCUUCAAAGUGCGCGCCAAGCGCGGGUGCGCCACGCACCCCAGGAGCAUCGCCGAGAGGGAGCGGAGGACGAGGAUCAGCGAGAAGCUCAGGAAGCUGCAGGAGCUCGUGCCCAACAUGGACAAGCAAACGAGCACUGCCGACAUGCUGGACCUCGCAGUUGAGCACAUCAAGGGCCUGCAGAGCGAACUGCAGGCUCUGAAACACGAGCAGGAGAAGUGCACCUGCUGCAGGAAGCGCUGACGAUCGAUGCCUCUCUAUAGAUGUACAUGCAUGGAUGAAGCAGCGGUUAACAUCUUCAUCAAUAGAUUCUCUGCGGGGAGUCCUGAAUUUUAGUUAGCGCAUGGGAGCGUCGAUGGCGCAUGCAUAUGCUGUCGAAUGGGUGCAUGUGCAGUUGUGCAUGCAUGACCUACACACAUCAACAACCAGGCAAUUAAUAGUGGUCAACUGAUCUUUCAGAAAAAAUAGUGGUCAACUGUACUAGACAGUGCAAAAGGGGGGGCAGAAUUUCUGUUCUGAUAUUUUGAUUGUUCUUUUUUGUGUGUUUCUGAUUGAUCUUUAACUUGGAUUUUAGAUCCUUUUCUAGUCUAUCUGAGAACAGUUUUGCUAUUUGUAAGCCACCUGGUUUUUUCUCUAAAGAGCAAAUUGCUUCUGUGCGUGGUCAUUGAUCUUGUAUAUGGAUGAUGGAUCAAAUGUGUUGUUUGAUUGAA